GUCACUCAUCAUUUUCCAGAUCGCGCACCUCUCUAUUCUCGAGGCCAGCUUCGUUUGUCUCCUUCUGUGCCAUAACCUCGAAAGAUAACAUCAAUCUAAUCGAAAAAUAUGGCGACCUCCAUGGCUGCCGCCCUCGCGGCAUCGCUCCCAGCGCCUCAGGCUACUCCAGCUCCUGCCGCUCCAGCUCCUGAAGCCAUACCAGCGUCCAUGGCAAAAGCCGUUGACAUUGAGGCUGAAAUCCCAAUCACCUGUGUUCAAAUAGAUGGACUUGUGAUGUCCAAGAUCAUGAAACAUAGCCGUGACACGCCGACGUCGAGCGCACAUGGACUACUCACCGGACUUGACCUUGACGGAAUUCUCGAGGUGUCGAACUCUUUUGCGAUCCCUCACCAUACCUCCAACGCCGACGACGACGAUAAAGUCCACAAGUCUGUGGCUCGCUACCAAUCUUCUAUGCUUCGAGCUCUCAAGGAAGUGCAAGGGGAUGAUAAUGUUGUCGGAUUCUACCAGACCACGACGCUCGGCGCUCUCUUCAGUCAGUCGCUCAUUGACACACAAGCCAUAUAUCAGGACAGGCUUAGGCACGGAGGCGUCAUUGUUGUGCAUGAUGUUUCGCAGACAGCACGAGGGAACCCAUCUUUCCGUGCGUUCAAACUCUCGGCGUCCUUCAUGGACGCGUAUAGGAAGGCUAACUUUAGUACUACGAGCCUCAUCAACCACCGACUGACGUUCUCAGCGAUCCUUGAAGAGAUCCCUGUGCGAGUGCGGACCAAUGCACUUCUGAGCUCUUUCCUGGGCACGUUGUCUACUUCAUCAUCGGUGGGAGGGCUGGAGUCGGCUUCGUCUCCAGCACCACUGGAUCGGUCGUGGCGUGUCCUGGAUGUGGGUCAGGCAGGCACAACACGACACCUGGAGCAACUCGGCGAUGCAAUCGAUAACUACCGGACGGAGGAGGGUAACGUUGCAUACAUGACGCGGCAGAUCGGACGCGAGAAACAGAAGGCGGAGACGUAUGUCGCGAAGCGACGGGAAGAGAACGCCGCGCGGGCAGCCCAAGGGUUGGCACCUCUUCCUGAAGAGGAUGUUAGUCGACUGUUCAAGAUACCGCAGGAGCCAAGCCGGUUGGAGAGCAUGUUGCUGCUCGGGCGGAUGGACGGGCUUGCUGCAAGUCUGGAGGGAUCGGCGAGCACAAGCCUUGUGAAAAUGUAUGGCGCGAAGGCGGCGUAGGCCACGCCGCGUGUCCUAAAAUAGGAGAGUACUGGGCAUGCACGCACAUGCUAUCAAUGAUUCAUUCAAUGUCUUAUUAUUGGCGUACGUAGCGACGGAGCGUUGCAAGAUGGCGGAUGCGCAAAAUUUUUGGCUGCGGGUCGAGAGAAACGG